GCCUGCGCUACGGGUGAGAUAAUAUCAUAUUUAAACAUGUUCUGUCUGUGUCUUACAUUGUAGCCAAUAAUAGCCAGUCCGCAGCCAUAACUCCUCCGUUUCUGUAGUUUCUGUAGCUCAUGCUUGGCUCAUACUCUAGCAACUAGAAUAUACUCUAUCAUGUAUUCUAGUAUUUUCUAGUUCACUAGCCAUGUUUGAGCUUUACCGCCGCAGGCACAUGCUUCUUUGUUGUUGUUGUACUUCUCGUUCUAAGGCAUCCUGCAGUCCUAUCUUUCUCUAUGGUCGUACCACCACCACCACCGUGGAAGGUACAGUUUCCCUUCUCUAAUGUGCUGCCGUAACGCAUUUGGAAAAAAAGGCCUCAGAAAUGCCAUAAGCCUAGCUGAAUGUAUCACUGCCAAAAUGGCAUGCCACACCCCUUCCAAGGUCAUCGGUCAGGUUGAAGUCGGCACGCAGUGCAGCUUGCCUCUGGCUGACAAGUCUGUUGGGUGCUGCUUCAGACCAGGCAGCGAGUCGAGGAGUGUGCAGACUACAGAGACUGUAGAUCAGUCAAGCUACACCUCAGCAUCAAGACCUUCUGUUUCUCCAUCAACAGCCAGUGGUGACCAGUCACAGCAGGGACACCUCUCCGAAGAUCAUCUCUGUGACUAUGAGGCUGGUAAACUGUUACGUCUGGAACCUCGGGCCAGGGUCCAUAAUGGCGAGCGUUUGUUUAAGUGUGCUUUGUGCCCUAAGAGCUUCUUUAAAAAAGACCACCUGAAGAGGCACUUGUGCGUUCACACGGGUGAGCGGCCAUUUCAAUGUCCUUUAUGCCUUCAGAACUUCACACGAAAGGCCAACCUGGAAACCCACCUGCGUAUCCACACAGGUGAGAAGCCAUGGCAGUGCCCUACAUGCCCUCAAAGGUUCUCACAUAAGUCCAGCAUGAAAGACCACCUGCGCACCCACACAGCUUUUACUGAUGUUUGUUGUGCCAACGAAGAUCUAGCCUGUCUCUGCACCUUUGACAACAAACAGCCACAAGUGCCGAUUGCUGCUGGUCGGCUCAGUCCAGAAUUUGGCCUCACAAAUGCAGUGAACCUAGAUGGAAGUAUCACUACCAAAAUGGCAUGCCACGCCCCUUCCAAGGUCAUUGGUCAGGUCGAGGUUGGCACGCAGUGCAGCUUGCCUCUGACUGACAAGUCUGUUGGGUGCUCCUUCAAAGCAGGCAGCGAGUCGAGGAGCGUGCAGACUAUAGAGACUGUGGAUCAGUCAAGCUCCUCUUCAGCAUCGAGGCCUUCUGUUUCUCCGUCAGCAGCCAAUGGUGACAAUUCACAGCAGGGAUGCCUCCGCCAAGAUCAUCUCCCCGACUGUGAGGCUGCAUCCAGGCCUUCUAUUUCUUCAUCAACAGCCAAUGGUCACAAUUCACCACAGGGACUCCUCCGCCAAGAUAAUCUCUGUUACAAUGAAGCUGAUAAACUGUUUUGUCUGGAAGCACAUGCCAGGGUCCGUACUGGCGAGCAUCCUUUUAAGUGCCAUUUAUGCCCUAAGAGCUUCUCCAAAAGAGACCUUCUAAAGAGGCACUUGUGCGUCCACAUGGGCAAGCGACCAUUUCAAUGUCCUUUAUGCCUUCAAAGAUUCUCGCAAAGGGCCAAGGUCAAGGAACACCUGCGCACCCACACAGGCGAGAAGCCAUUUCUAUGCCCCUCAUGCCCUCAAAGCUUCUCGCAUAAGUCCAGCAUCAAAAUCCACUUGCGCACCCACACAGGUGAAAAGCCAUGGCAGUGCCCUUCAUGCCUUCAGAGAUUCUCGAAUAGGUCCAGCAUGAAAGUCCACCUGCGCACCCACACAGGCAAGAAGCCAUUUCAAUGCCCUUCAUGCCUUCAGAGCUUUGCAUUAAAGGGCACCCUGAAAGUCCACCUGCGCACGCACACAGGUGAGAAGCCAUUUCAAUGCCCUUCAUGCCCUCAAAGCUUCUUGCGAAAGCCUGACCUGAAAACCCACCUGCUCAUCCACACGGGUGAGAAGCCACUUCAGUGCCCUUCAUGCCCUCGUUGCUUCGCAGUAAAGAGCCACAUAAAAGUCCACCUGCGCACCCACACAGGUGAGAAGCCAUUUCAAUGCCCUUUAUGCCCUCGAAGUUUCUCGCAUAAGUCCACCAUGAAAGACCACCUAAGCACCCACACAGGCGAGAAGCCAGUUCAGUGCCCUUCAUGCCCUCAAAGCUUCUUGCGAAAGUCUGACCUGAAACCCCACCUGCGCACCCACACAGGUGAGAAGCCAUUUCAGUGCCCUUCAUGCCUUCAGUGCUUCGCAUUAAAGGCCAACCUUAAUGUCCACCUGCGCACCCACACAGGUGAGAAGCCAUUUCAAUGCCCUUCAUGCCCUCAGAGUUUCUCGCGUAAGUCCAGCAUGAAAGAUCACCUACGCACCCACACAGGCGAGAAGCCAUUUCAAUGCCCUUCAUGCCCUCAAAGCUUCUCACAUAAAUCCAGCAUGAAAAACCACUUGCGCACCCACACAGGUUAGAAGCCGUGGCGGUUCCUUCAUUCCUUCGGAGCUGCUCUUUUAAGUCCAGCAUGAAAGACCACCUGCAAAACCACACGAGAAGCCAUUUCAAUGCCCUCUAUGUCCUCAGAGCUUCUCACAAAAGCCAGACCUGAAAGGCCACCUGUGCAACCACACAGGACAGAAGCCAUUUCAGUGGCCUUCAUGCCCUCAAAGCUUCUCGCAUAAGAACAGCAUGAAGGAACACUUGCGAACCCAAACAGACGAGAAGCUAUUUCAAUGCCCUUCAUGCCCUCUGAGAUUCUCGUGCAAGGCCGACAUGAAGGAACAACUGGACACCCAUGUAGGCGAGAAGCCAUUUCAUUGCCCUUUAUACACUCAGAAAUUCUCGCUGAAGAGUGCAAUGAAGCAGCAACUGAGCAUUCAUACAGGUGACCGACCUUACUGUUCUGCCACCUGCUCCAAGUCCUUUGCACUUGCUGAGUACUUGAGCAGACAUAAAGAGGACACAGCACCAUCAUGCAGUGGAGUGGGUCAGCAGGUAUGUUGAACUUAAGUUAGAAAUCUCUAGAUAUGGAGAAAGCUACAGGGUGUUCUGCUGCAUCAAGUAGGACAAGUGUCCUCAUGUGCUCUUAAUAGGGCCCUGGAAUGCUUUUUGUGUGUUACCAUAUUUGCUCUAGAUCUAUACUCAGCAUGUCAUCAGACAACGAGCAAAAGAAAUGAUGAAAAUUGACCCUCACAAGCGCAUUAUCACUCAUAAAGAAAUUCCAAGAUAUACAGCACAAGGAAAACAAGAGUUAAGCUCAAUCUCCGCUGGGAUUUUAGCUGCUCUAAAUUCCACAUUUCACUUUGCUAUGACUUCAUGUGGUGACGUCAACGAAUAGCAGCAGGACAUCAGCAAAAGUCGGCACGCCAGAGUUGCCAAGUCUGCUCAGCCUUUUCAUGGCAUACCCAUGGCCUCUAUGAUCUGGUGACUGUACGCAGAUGGGAUAAAUUCCAAAAUAGAACAGACAGAUGCCAUUGUAGCCGCACCACCACCAGAAAACAAGGAAUAGCUUCAUUCUUUGCUCAGAGCUGUAAACUACUAUAGGUAAUUCCUACCUCUAGUGUCUGCGCUGGCCCAUCCCUUGUACAGACUACUGUGUUACAACCAGACAUGGGUGUUGACAAGUUCCCACGAAAGAUCCUUUGAUGACAUCAAACCUGUGCCAGCGGCAACAGAGGUCCAACAGAGCAGCAUAGUGACACGUCUCACCAACAAAGAAGGAAAAGUUUAUUGCCGGAAAGUAUGACUGUCACGUGAGUGAAACUACAGGAAGGAGUUCUGGAAAUACCCGAGAUGUGGUCAUCAGCUGGUCACGAACACGUUCACCACAGAAGGCCAUACACACAAAUUUGAGCGCCCGGAGAAAACAAAGCUAAACUUAUACAUGCUCUUGUGACAAAUAUAGAAACGUAUCGGUACAAGUUUACACCUACAGUGGUCUUACUGCUAUAUCUAUCCUCCUUGUUACAUCUGACUGGUACUAUCAGUGCAAGUAAAUGUUGAGCUGCAAUGUGGUAAAACUCCCCAAAAACUUUCUCGUGAAAGCGAUAUGCUCAGUCCAAGCAAUUACUGGAAAUUUCACAUUGGGUUUGAGCAGGCUUCUUGUCACUUUGAUUAAUUAUUUAGUCGGCAAAUGCAUCUUUCAGAAAAUCUCUUGAACACUACUUCACACUAAGGCAUAAAAUGUACGACAUAAGGGCUAACGGGAACAAGGUUCUUGUCCAAUUUUUUCAGGGCACCAGGUCACGGUGAAAUCCAAUACAUAGGUGUGGUUCACUGUUGCACUUGAGCAUUAAGGUGCGAAGCUACUGCACAUGAUUUAGGUUUUUUUGCUAUAAAACUAUCGCACACUUUUCAUCUCGUGUCACGUGCCCGAAAAGUAAAUUUAGUGAAUACGUGUACGGCACCAUGGAGAAUACAGACACCAAGAAACAUAACAGCACCAGAAAACAUGACAGCGCCAUGCUGACAAAUGCAGCUACAUAUAGUAUAACCACUUCAGCUGCUAGCAAAAUGUGGUGGCAGUGUACUACUGGGCAAAGGCCAUCACUACCCUGAAUGGUGGGAUGCUAAAGGACACAGCCAAUCGAUGACUUACCUGGGCCAACAUUUUGAUACCUUUUUGCUAGAUUUACUAGCCAUAGAAGCUUCAAGUACGUACUUUAUAUAGCGGAAACUUCUUUCAGUCGAAACCUCCUGAUAAAUGUACUUUGUUAAAUCAUCAAAAAAGCCACAUGAUUUUCAGUGAAGCUAAGAUAGGGUAACAAAAAUAUUUUGUUACAUCGCUGGUUCUGUAAAUUGAGAUUUGCUAUUUUAAGGUGUGUCUGUAUUCGCAUUGUUGCUAUGUAGCAGCUUUAGAAUAAUUGAUGUUAUCUUUGGUGGCUGUACUUCUGUAUAUAUUUACUACAUCUGCAUGACUAAUUCUUUCAGUAUUAUUCUUUUUUUUUUUGCAUAUGAACAUUUUCUAUUAAGCUCAUGUAUUCGUUGUCUCUAGGUUCUGCUAUGUCUGGUGUUAUCCUGGAGACUCUGAUAUUGUUCUACUUAUGCUUCUUCUUUCCACAAAUAAGUACUUGUUUACAGCAAUUGAUUUUUAAAGAGUUUACUUGGCGUUGGAGCACCAAAUAAAUGCCUGUGUUUAAUGAGUG